AUGCCGGAGUGUGUGUCGGUGCCGGACUUCCUGCAGGAGGUGCAGGAGGACUGGAGCUCCCCCACCACCUCCUCCUUCACCUCCAGGAUGCUGAGCUGCAGGAACACGGUCUACCUGCUGGAGGAGGCUCUGGACAGUGACCGUCUGGUGUUGCAGAAAAUGAAGAAAGCUUCUAAAGCCAAAUAUACUUCAGGACAAGAACACGUCUCUCACCUGGAGCAGUACAUUCAUUCGAUGGAGAAGCUCUCGGUCAACUGUCACUCAAACGGAGAGACGGAGGUGGGCUCAGCCUUCUAUCGCCUGGCGGACUUCUCUAAAGAGCUCGUCUCUCCGAUGAAGAACCUGCUAAAGAGCAUGCUCCACAACAUCCACUUCUUCUUGGACUCCCUGGUUAAAGGCGACCUGAGGGAGGUGAAGGGGGAUCUGAAGAAACCCUUCGACAGAGCGUGGAGGGACUACGAGAGCCGAUUUAAGCAGGUGGAGAAGGAGAAGAGGGAGUUGGCUCGUCAGUACGGGAUGGUGAGGAGCGAGGUGAGCGGGGGGGAGAUCGCAGAGGAGCUGGAGAAGGAGAGACGCUCGUUCCAACUGAGCAUGUGUGAGUAUCUCAUCAAAGUCAAUGAGAUAAAGACAAAGAGAGGCGUGGACCUGCUGCAGAACCUCAUCAAACACUACCACAGCCACAACAAUUUCCUGCAGGAGUGUGUUUCCACCACUCAGCGGUUGAAGCAGUACAUGGAGGAGCUGAACGGAGUCCUGACCACGGUGAAGCAGCGUCAGGAAGACGAGAAGAGACAACUGUGUUCUCUCAGAGAUCAGCUGAGGCCGGUCGUCCACACGGAGCAGGACUCUCUGCCGAAGCAGGUGUACAGUAUGCAUCAGCUGCUGGGAGACAAACAUUACGGAACAGAAAGAGCCGGAUUCCUCUACAAGAAGAGUGACGGGUUGAGGAAAAUGUGGCAGAAAAGGAAAUGUUCCGUUCAUAACUGUUACCUGACCAUCGCACAUGCAACUCCUAAUAAACCUCCGACCAGACUCAACCUACUCACCUGUCAGGUUAAACCCAGCGUGGAGGACAAGAAAUGUUUUGACCUCAUCUCUCAUAAUCGGACGUAUCAUUUCCUGGCUGAAGAUGAAGCUGAGUGUGUGGCCUGGAUCUCGGUGCUCAGUAACAGUAAGCAGGAGGCUCUGAGCGUGGCACUGGAUGGGGGGAGGCUAGGGGGAGGAGGAGGGGAGAGCAGCGUGGAGGAUCUGACCCGUGCCAUCACCGACGACAUCAGGCGGAUGCCAGGGAACAACAACUGCUGUGACUGUGGAGCUCCAGAUCCUGGAUGGCUCUCGACCAACCUGGGGAUCUUGACCUGUAUCGAGUGUUCAGGGAUCCACAGGGAGAUGGGAGUCCACGUGUCCAGGAUCCAGUCUCUGAGUCUGGACAGUCUGGGGACGUCAGACCUGCUGUUGGCCAGGAAUGUUGGUAACUCUGGUUUUAAUGAAAUACUGGAGGCGAACCUGCUGAGUCCGUCUCUGAAGCCGUCUCAACACAGUCACAUGACGGAGCGCAAAGACUUCAUCCUGCUCAAGUACCAGGAUGUUCACUUUGUGAGGCGGAGUCCCAGCUCUACUGCAACGCUGCGACUCGGCCUCCAGGAGGCGACCAAGAGCUGCGACAUCUACAGUUUGAUCCAGCUGCACGCUCAGAGGAUGGAGCUGAGCCAGCCGCUGCACACACACAUUCAGGAAAAAGGGGAGACCGCGCUCCAUCUCGCCGUCCUAUUGGCCGACAGGACGUCCCUGCACAUCCUGGACUUCCUGGCUCAGAACUGCUCCAACGUUGACAUGCCGACGUCUGCGGGGAACACAGCGCUGCACUACAGCUGUCUGCACAACAAGAGCGACUGUGUGAAACUGCUGCUGAGAGCCCGAGCCAACACACACAUCAAGAACGAGUUGGGAGAGACCGCUCUGGACAUGAGCCGCAGGUUGAAGCACAGCCACUGUGAGGCGCUGGUGAGUUCACCAUAUCCAUCUUCUCCUCUCGGCUCGUUGACUGAACGACCUCAUCGAGCAGGUUUCCGGAGGGCGGACAGCGACGGUAGCUCCUCCCACUUCCUGCACCCUGCCAGUAAAGCUCCGCCCAACGGAUCUCCCACCAACCAGCGUUCUCAGAGCUUUGAGAGUGACAGCAGAGGCCCCGCCCCCAUGCCGCUCCCUCGCAGAUCCGUGCCUCGAGGCACAGCCAGUCGACGUGCUCAGGCUCUGUACGACUGUCAGGCCGACCACCAUGAUGAGCUGAGCUUCGCUGAGGGUCAGGUGCUGGUGGUCCUGGGCCAGGAGGACGCUGAUUGGUGGCAUGGUUACAUAGAGGAUGAACCAGACCAGAGAGGAUUGUUUCCGUCUUCCUUCGUCCAGCUGCUCUCAGAAUGACAUGAAGAAGCUGGACCAGGACUGGACCCCAUCGGUUCCUGGACCAGCACAGAACUGAACCACAUCAGAGCCUGGAGAACCAAACCGGAACCAAACCGGAGCCAAACCGGAACUAAACCGGAGCCAAACCAGAUCUGUACCGAGCUACAGCCAAAACCUCUGUUCUUCGAUGGACCAGAUUGGUGAUCUGGUUCUGAGAAGCUCCAGCACACACAAUCACAUGGAGACGGCCUCGCACAGACUAAUCAGCCACAAUUCAAGGUUGUCUGUAACUUUUAUUAAUUUAUUUAAGUAAACUAAUAUUUUACUAAGCACAUGGACACAAAAAUCCACUGGACUUUUCUUCUGAAGUUCAUCUGAGCGACAGUUUGAAGUUAUUUUAGGUCUUUGACCCUGUAGCAGCUUCGGGCUCCUCUCAGGCCUCGGCUCUUCGUACAGACAGAACCUGAGAGGCUGCGUUCUUUACUGGAACCAGAUCUGAAGAAUGACACUGAAGACCAAAGGAUGAAAAGCAGAUGUUUGUUGUAAAUUCAGGUGAAGUCGGUUUCCGGAGCAGGAUUUCACCUCGUUUAGCCGUUACCAUGGAUUCACUUUGAUUCUUCCAGCUGCCUUCGAUGUCCCGAGAUAUCACAACACCUCAGUGUGAAAGUAGCACAGCACAAAACCACCAUUACAAAAAUCAAAUCCAGUUUCUUGUUAAAAGAUGGAAAUUUCUCAUAUUAACAUUGUUCACGGUGUUGGAGAGUUGAGCAGUUCUGCUGCCACCAGGGGGCGAUCACAGUGACUUGGCUUCACUUUAAGAAGUGGACAUGUCGACCAUCUUGAGAUUCAGUCUGUGGUCACUCAUGAAUUCAUUUCUCUGACAGUCAACCCAUGAACGUCAAGGGCUUAUGGGAAAUGUUCAUAAAAGGCAGCUAAAGCAUAAAUAUUGAAUAAACAAUGACAUUAGAUGUUUUAUCAAAAAGGUUCCAAACAUAUGAAGCAAGUUACGUGACGGACUGUUGAGAAAACCUGUUCAAGGCAGAAUUUUUACUUAUUUUAAAUAGUUAGAAUCAAUCUGGUUUCACUUCAGCUCUUAUUUUCUUAUCACUACGAACCAAAUAUUCACGAAUCAACAAGAAACUUGUGACAACAUUUUUUAUAUCAUGAAACUUAGAUGUAGCAGGAAACACUGACUUUGUUAUAAAUGAACGGUUUGGUGAAAAAAAAAGCACAGUUCAGUGUAAUGUAAUAAUGUGGAAUGAGGGGGGGAGUUGGGGAAAAAGAGAUUUCGAGAAUAACGUCGGAAUAUUAUGUCAUAAAGUCAGGAUGAAGUUGUAAUUUAAUGAGAAACAAGUUUUAA